AUGGCCCCUUCAUUUGACAGUCCGGCCAGGCCGUUCAACGGUGCAGGCCCAAAGUCCAGUCUAAAGCGUUACUCAGAAGCAUCGCCGUCAGCCCACGGCGACCCCAGCGUUGGGCACCGAGGCAGCGCAUAUGAGGGCCCUAAUGGCAAACGCAAACUUGCAACCCAUGCUGGUGCCAAUGACAGUUGGGAAAAUGCUAAUAAAAAGCCCCGGACCUCGUCGACGUCCGAACUCAGGAAACGAAAGUCUGUUACCUUUGGAGACACACCGACCAAGAACAGCGCCGUUGCCAAUUCAACCAAAACCACAUCAAAGCCAGGUGAAGCAAAAAAGAGCAAAGGCCCGGCCAAGAAAUCAAAACCUACCCCUACCGUCGAUACAAAGCCUGCGUUGGAAUACCUCAGACUCUGGAAGAGUUCUCGAGAGGCUUGGAAAUUCAACAAGAACCAUCAAUCCACCCUAAUCAAAGCUGUCUUCGAGACCGGUAUCCCGGCCGCCGAUAUUCCUAUCUUCUAUGACUAUAUUCAAGACCUCAAGGGCUUUGUUAGAACACGAUUACGAAAAACGGCCAUGGAAAUUCAGACCAAGGACCGCACCGAGGGUGCGGCGGUCUUCCCGGCCGAAACCACCGAUGUUGAAGCGAAGCAGGCUACAUAUGAAACCAUUCUCUCAGAGUGGCUCGCAUCGCAACAUAUUGGUCAAAAGAGAACCUUUGAUGAAGCACAUUUCAUUACGACAGUUGGAGAGCCUGAAGUUGUUGUUCGCCGAGCCAUUAAGCGCAUGCGAGCUGAAAUGGUGAUUGAUGCUCUAUUCGACGCCGGCAACGAGACGGACCACAGCGCCAUGAGCAUUACAAGCGACCGUGCUAAGGCAUCCAACGAAAAACCUACCGACAGCAAACCCAAUGGUGUGCCUGGAAAGCGCCGAAGAAAGCUCCGAGUGUCAAACCUCAGCGAUGAUGACACCUCGAGCAGCUCUGAGUCCGAAUCUGACAGUGAUUCGGACACGAGCAGCAGUGGGUCAAGCUCAUCAGAAUCCGAAUCAGAUGACGACGAUGAAGAGGAAGACGAAGAGGACCAAAGCGACGAUGACUCUAGCAGUUCGUCAUCGUCAUCAUCCUCCGAUAGCGACUCCGACGACGAAGACAGCAGCGCCGACGAGUCUGAGUCUGAAAAGGAUAACUAG